AUGUCUUCCAAUAUCAAAGUUAACUCUGUGACAGAGAAGCCAGUAGCCACUGUGGGUUCCUUUUUUAAUGGUUUAGCAGUAUCUCCGGAGGUAGAAUUUGAUUUGUAUAAACAUAAGAAGAGAGAUGACUAUGUUUUACAUGGAGAAACCGAUACCUUAGAGUACAAUGGUACGUCUAAUAAUGAUAAUGAAUAUGUUGUUGCUGUUUUUGAUCCAAACUGCAAAUCUGUUGAAUUAUACAAAACCCCAUAUAUUUCGACCAAGGUUACUGCAAAGAAAAAUAGAGUUUAUAAAGGUCCAAAAAUCAAGAGUGCUGGUGUAAGAAAUGUAACACAACGUAAUGCAUUAGGUGAAGCCUUUGGUACUAAAAAAGCCAAAUCUGCUAUUACCAAUUUGGAAAAGAACAGAAUUGAUUCUGAAAAGUUGCAAGACAUUGAAAUGGAUAUUGUUGAUACAGUUAAAGAAAGCACUCGUGAUUUGCCAACUCAAGAAGAUGGCGUUGAUAGACCAGCACCUUUUGCAAACGUUGAUGCCACAAAUGUUGAAGAUAUUUACCCACUAGAAAAAAUCAUUCCUGAAAAAGAUUGGCAGUAUCUUCGUGUUAGUUCGAUUCUUACUACAGAAAACCCAUUGGAAAAAUUACCAUUCACUAAAUCAGAAUUCAUUACCAAACAAUUGCCAAUUUUGAUUCUGCAAAAAAAUACAGAGAAGUUACAAAUGCUUUAUUAUGCAUCUCUUUUAUUGGGUGUUUAUGAGAAUAGAAGAGUCAAAGAUAAACAGAGUCUUAUGACCAGAUUACAAAACAUUCCUUCUGAAAUUUUGGUUGAUGGUAUUUUGGACCGAUUUGCUAUUUCUCGUGCCACUAAAUUUGGUAAAUCAAAGGAUAAAUCAUUUACUAUUGAUCCAUAUCACGAAGAUAAAUUAUUGACAUAUUUGUUCAUAUUGCUUUUACAUAUAAAUAACUUUACGGUUGAAUUGGUACCACUUUCAAAAGAUUUGAAGUUGAAAAAUACAAGAUUGGUGGGCUUGUUUAGAGCUUUGGGUGCUAUUAUCAAAAGCGCAACUGUUGGUGAAGCUGAAGCUCUUGGUAUUCCUAAGAGUGCUGUGGGUACCUAUAAGAUUGCCACAUUAAAAGUGCCAUUCAAACUACCAGAAUUGACUAGAAGAGGAAAACGUCGCUAG